AUGGGACAUUUAAAAGCAUAUGAAGAGCGCAUCAAGGAUGACGAAGAAGUAGAAGAUGAUCAACCGAAGCUGAUGUACACGCCUACUGAUGGACAACUUAAUCUAAACCGGCCUUCUCAAGCCCAACAAAGUCGAUCGAGUCAAGAACAAGGCUACAACCGAGACUAUUACGGAAACCCGUAUAGAGGUAGAGGCAGAGGAGGUCGUUACGGAAAGCUCAAACUUAAGUUACAAGAGGCUCAAGAGAAUGACAACACUGAGACACAGGAAGCUGAUGAGCUUAUGAUGCACGAGUUCGUAUUUUUAAACGAGAAGAAUGUCUUACCGGAUAAAUAUGAAACAAAUACGGAGGAGAACAUGUGGUAUCUCGACAAUGGUGCUAGCAAUCACAUGACCGGGUAUAGGAGAUAUUUUUCAACGAUCAACAACACCAUUACCGGUAAAGUACGCUUCGGUGAUGAUUCUCGUAUAGAUAUUAAAGGAAAAGGGACAAUAUCUUUUUUCGAUAUGAACGGAGACUCAAGAAAGAUGACAGCCGUGUACUUCAUCCCUGACCUUAGAAGCAACAUCAUAAGUUUGGGACAAGCCACAGAGGCGGGCUGCGAUAUCAGACUGAAAGGAGAUGAACUAAUUAUGCAUGAUAAGCAUGGAAAACAUCUUGUCAUAGCCACGAGAUCAAGAAACAGGCUCUAUAAGGUUCACAUGGGUCUAAAGGCAGAAGCAUGUCUUCACACUUCUACAGAAAACGAGUCAAAGAGAUGGCACUGA